AUUAAUCCGUCCAAACACAGGCAAGCAACAAUGCCCAAGAGAAAGGCUGAUGGAGACUCCAAGGUCGAGAAGUCAAAGGCUAAGGACGAGCCACAGAGGCGAUCUGCCCGGUUAUCGGCUAAGCCUGCCCCACCGAAACCAGAGCCCAAACCCAAGAAGGCUGCUGUUCCUCCAAAGAAAGCUGAAAAGGCACCCAAAGGCAAGAAAGGGAAGGCAGACUCUGGUAAAGAUAGCAGUAAUGCAGCUGAGAAUGGAGAUGCCAAAUCAGAUCAGGCACAAAAGGCAGAGGCAACUGGGGAUACAAAGUGAAGCGUGAAUUUUUGAUAACUGUGUACUUCUGGUGACUGUACAGUUUGAAAUACUAUUUUUUAUCAAGUUUUAUAACAAUGCAGAAUUUGUUUUACUUUUUAUUUUUAAGCUAUGUUGGCAUAUAAUGCUUUUGUGUAAUUUGGAGAGGGGGGAGAUAGUGGAAAUGUAAAUGGUCUCUUAACCACCUGGAGUAAUAGCUGCUUUCUCACCUCCUGUUUUGGCAUCUUAUCUGAAUUUUUUUUUUUGCUUCUAAAUAAGAUCGGCAGCUAUUACAGCCCAUUUUUCCUGAGAUUACAGUCUCUGGGCAGAAAGAGGGGGAAACAGUUUUUACCAAGUUCUAAGCUAUCAAAAAGGGUGUGGCUGAAUUUUUAUUUUUUUCUAUUUUGGGGGUACUUCAACUGUGAAGAGCCAACCCUAAUUCAAAACGGUUUUAUGAAUUCUUUUAGUGACUUACAGACUAAUGAGUUAUGAAGUUGUUUUACUAUGUUGUACCUUGUCCUGCCUGAUUUGCAAUGAUGUUUGGGGGGGGGGGGGGGGGGUGGAUCUUAAAUAAAGCUGGAAUAUGUUUGGCUCACUUAACUGCUCUGUAGUAUUCUUUGAUACCGCCUUAAGCUUUGCAUUGUGAACUCCUGCCAUGGGGCAAAAUAAAAACAAAAAA